AUGGCUGCUGUUUUAAAUGAGGACAAUGCGGUAAACAUGCUCAAGUUUCCACCGACGACGCCACAGGAUCUCAAGGUCGCAGCUUGCAUUGAGCGAAAACGACGAAAUCAAGAGGCUCGAAAACAGAGAAUAUUCGAUCCACGAUGCCAAAUUGGGAUAGACAAAGAGUUCUUGGAUUGGCAGAUAAAAGAAAAAGAGCGACUGCGUCAGCAAGAACGAGAACAAGAAUGCCGGAUGGAUGAAGCGCUGCUGCGCAGCAGUAAAUUCGCAAUGAUGCUUGAGAAGCGGGAAGAGGAGGAAAAGAAGAAGAUAAAUCGUGAUAUAAAUUCAUACCGGCAAAUCUAUCAACGUCCGCAGGAUCGUCGCGACUUUGAUCUUUACGAUCCGGAUAAUUUGAAAAAAUCAUUACCAGGUCGGCUAGCGGAUGAUGAUCCGCGAAUUGGACCUUCUUCUGCUCAAAAAUUUGAGGGUGAAGAUCUUGAGCAAGUAAAAAGACGGAGCAGAGAUAAAGAGCAGAUGCAAUCGAGUCUUAUGCAGCAGGUGUACGAGAAACAGAAAAACAAACAAGAACAACAACAUGCUGAUGAAUCUCUUCAACGAAUGAUAUUAUCUAGGGACAGACGUGCGAUCGACCUUGAACGAAUGGAAGAAGAAUGCCGAAGAAAACUUAAUGAAGCUAAUGCACAGUUUAAUCGUGCCCUUGCUGAGGAACAGGAGUACCGUAAUAAAUAUGAGGCAAUAAAAGAUGAAGAAGACAAACGUGCUGAGAUUUACAAUCACCUUACCGGUGAUUUCCUAACAGAAGCCCGUGAACAAGCUCUAAGUCAUUGUGGGCCAAGUAAGUUACUUGCCUAUCGAUACAAAGGCAUGACAUCUGACGAGUUAAAGGCAAUAUGGAAUGAACAAGCUCACCAGAUGAAGGAAAUUCAGAAAAUGAAGGAAGAACAAAAGAAAAAAAACAAUGAAUGGGAUCGUUUAAUGAUCGGUAAUGCUUAUGCUGCUGAAGCUUAUAAUCAACAAUUAGAGCGCCAAAAAAUGGAAUUAAGAAAAAGAAUAGCUGAAGAAAAUUUACAACUAGCGCAACAGCAGAAAUCACAUCAGGAUUAUUUGAACAAAGUGGUUUAUAAGUAUCAACAAGAACCCGAAUUUUUUAAUCAAUUCAAUUCAUGCCCUCGUUAA